AUGAUGCGUGUUCCUCGACAAGCAUUUUCCACUGCCGCCCGUAUCCACCCCAAUAUUGUUCCUCACCUUCGUCCCCAGAAGAGAAUGUCUUUUGGAAGAUUGGUCAAGCCCGUCGCAGCCAUUGUAGCUGUUGGCUACGGGGCAAAGCUUUCUCUCGAAAUGGUGGCGAAACGACGCAUCGCUCAGAUGGAAGCCACAGAGCGCGAGAAUGCCGCAUACAGAGAGCGAAAUGAAGCCUUGAUGAACAUGUAUGGCGAUCGAUCAAGCCUCGACGAACUCGAAAAGGCCGUGCAAUUCUACGAGAAACGAUAA